GAGGACAUGCUGGUGGAUGAGGUGGCCCCGGAUCGGUACUACUGGGCGCCCCUGGCCCAGCACGGGGGCCCGGCCCCCGGGGGCUGGCGCCAGCCCGAGCUGCCCGAGGUCAUCGCCAUGCUCAGCUUCCGCCUGGACGCCGUCAAGUCCAACGCGGCCGCGUACCUGCAGCACCUCUGCUACCGCAACGACAAGGUGAAGACGGAGGUGCGCAAGCUGAAGGGCAUCCCCGUGCUGGUGGGGCUGCUAGACCACCCCAAGAAAGAGGUGCACUACGGCGCCUGCGGGGCCCUCAAGAACAUCUCCUUCGGCAAGGACCAGGACAACAAGAUCGCCAUCAAGAACUGCGACGGGGUGCCCGCUCUGGUGCGCCUGUUGCGCAAGGCCCACGACAUGGACCUGACAGAGGUCAUCACAGGGACGCUGUGGAACCUGUCCUCGCACGACUCCAUCAAGAUGGCCAUCGUGGAUCACGCGCUGCACGCCCUGACCGAUGAGGUGGUCAUUCCCCGCUCAGGCUGGGAGCGGGAACCCAACGAGGACUCCAAACCCCGCCACAUCGAGUGGGAGUCGGUGCUCACCAACACCGCCGGCUGCCUCAGGAACGUGAGCUCGGAGCGGAGCGAGGCGCGGCGGAAGCUGCGGGAGUGCGACGGGCUGGUGGACGCCCUCAUCUACAUCGUCCAGUCCGAGAUCGGCCAGAAGGACUCGGACAGCAAGCUGGUGGAGAACUGUGUGUGCCUGCUGAGAAACCUGUCCUACCAAGUCCACAGGGAGAUCCCCCACGCCGAGCGCUACCAGGAGACGCCUCUGGCCCCCGCCAACAACGCAGGGCCCCACGCUGCAAGCUGCUUCGGUGCCAAGAAGGGCAAAGACGAGUGGUUCUCCAGAGGUAAAAAGCUCCCCGAGGACCCUGGUGCUGACACGGUGGAUUUCCCCAAAAGGACGACUCCAGCCAAAGGCUACGAGCUGCUCUUCCAGCCGGAGGUGGUGCGGAUAUACAUCUCCCUGCUGAAGGAGAGCAAGACCCCGGCCAUCCUCGAGGCGUCGGCAGGAGCCAUCCAGAACCUGUGCGCUGGCAGCUGGACGUACGGCCGCUGCAUCCGCUCGGCGCUGCGCCAGGAGAAGGGGCUCUCCGCCAUCGCUGACCUCCUGACGCACGACAGCGAGCGCGUGGUGAAAGCGGCGUCCGGGGCCCUGCGCAACCUGGCCGUGGACUUGCGCAACAAGGAGCUGAUCGGGAAGCACGCCAUCCCCAACCUGGUGAAGAACCUGCCUGGAGGCCAGCAGACCCCAGCCAAGAACCUCUCUGAGGACACCGUGGUGUCCAUCCUUAACACCAUCAACGAAGUGAUUGUAGACAACCUCGAGGCUGCAAAGAAGCUGCGGGAAACACAGGGGAUUGAGAAGCUGGUGCUGAUCAACAAAUCUGGGAACCGCUCCGAGAGAGAAGUCCGAGCAGCCGCCCUCGUCCUGCAGACGGUCUGGGGUUAUAAAGAGCUGCGCAAGCCCCUGGAGAAGGAAGGCUGGAAGAAGUCCGAUUUCCAGGUGAACCUGAGCAGCACCUCUCGGACCCAGGGAGGGAACUCGUUUGAUGACAGCACCUUGCCCCUCAUUGACAGGAACCAAAAAUCAGACAAGAAAUCCUCCCGGGAGGAGAUCCAGAUGAGCACCAUGGGACCAGACUAUUCCACGCUCAACGAAAGGGACCACAGCAGGACGCUGGACCGAUCCGGUGACCUCGGAGAUCUGGAGCCCGUGAAGGCGCCGCUGAUG